AAAAAUAAGUCAGCAAAUAAAAAAAUCAGCCGUGUGUCAGUUCAGUUGGUCAAAUUGAAUAAAUUAAAUUUAAUUAAUCUAAUUUAAUUAACACCUGUCUUUGACAGAAACUUCGUGCCGUAUAGCCUAGUGAGCCGCACUAGCUCCCAGCAGUACUCGCACAAAACGGUCACAAUGCUUGAUGAAGCUGAGAAUUUCGCGGAUAUUUUCCGCGGUGGACUGCCGUAUCUUCUAAUUGCACUGCCAAUUUUACUCAUCUGCUCAGCUAAUCCUGUAUUAGCAUCCAGCGAAUUCUCGGUGCAACGCAUGUCGCAGUUCGAUGUGAAUGGAGUAGCUUAUGGUUGCCGUGCGUCUGCUUUGUCGCUAGAAGCGAAAUCGCUUUAUACUUGGAGCACGGGCAGGCACUGUGUGUUGACUAAAUUACAAGAUUUGACAAUCGACCAGUUCCGCGAGAUACGCCAAAAAGCUGGUGGUUUAGUUAUACUCUUACCGAAGGACGUAAGCUCAAUGACAUUUGAUGAAAAGGAGCAUCUCAACCUGUUAGAGCAAGCUAUGCUGGCACAACCAAACUCCAUACCUAUUUACUUCUCGCCAUACAACCAGGAGUUAGAGCGUAUUAUAACAGACGUCACACGAACCAGCAGCAACAAUGUAGAAGGCAAAUCGCAGCGUAAUUCCGCUGCAUCAGAACUAUUUGCCUCGAUCUCUGCCAACGGCUAUCAGGUUAUUGUGUCUGGAGCCAGCCAUGUGGCUAGCAAGAAUAGUAGAAUUCCCAUUAUACAAGGUGAAUUAGCAACAACUACAAAAUUAAUAAAACAGGUAGACGGUGGAAAUGAGGUGAAUAACAAAUUACCGCUGAUUAUUGUUACAUCGCAUCUCAACACAUUCGGACUCUACAAUGAAUACCCAUUAAACGCUGAUGCCGCUGUAUUACUGACACUCGCAGAUUUAUUUAGCAAAAUGCAUAAUACGCCAAAUGCAAUACCUAAGUACCGGCUCUUAUUUCUACUCACCGAAUCGGGAACGCUGCUAAAUUUCCAGGGCAUUAAAAAGUGGCUUGAUGAGAAUGUACAACUUCAGGAGGACCUAGUGUCCAUUACGGGCACUUUAAUUGCGGCCAAAAACCCAACUAGUAUUAAAAAUGAGAACGUUGAUUUCGUGCUUUGCUUGGAUACGAUUACGCAGGCUUUGAACGCUGACACAGGCAGUCUUUAUAUGCACGUCUCGAAACCACCUAAAGAGGGAACGGCCAUGAAUGAUUUCUUUAAACUACUUAAAACAUUGUCUGCGCAAUACUACAAUGUCACCGUAGACGGUGUACACAAGAAAAUUAAUUUAGCCGAUCAGCAACUAGCCUGGGAGCAUGAACGUUUUAGCAUGAAGCGUUUACCUGCCUUCACAAUAUCCGCAUUGAAAUCCCCUAAAGAACCAAUACGUUAUACUAUUUUUAAAGAUUCAGAUGCGCACAUCAUUGCGCAAACGCAGCAGCAUGCCAAAAUUAUCGCUGAAUCCUUGGCGCAUUAUAUUUAUGGCAUACAGGAGCCAAAUGAGAUAUUUGCUAAUGAAUUGCAAAUUAGCCAAAACCUUAUCAAAUGUUACCUGCAGUUAAAAUCCGCGCUACACAAUAACGACCUGAAAAACGCCUUCGAAAAGUACCUAAAGAAUGUGAAAAUCAUGUAUGAUAAGCCUGAUACACGUGAUCCGGACUUUAUGUUCUACGAUGGUCAAGAAGCGCGUCUAAAUGUGUAUCACGUAAAGCCUGCCGUAUUUGAUCUCUUUCUAACUAUACUCAUUUGCGCGUAUUUGGCAUCAGUAUACUUUGUCAUACAAUAUUUCCCGACAUUAUACGAUACAGUUUGCAAAAUGACCAAAGCGCCCGCGCAACCGGCGCAAACGAAUUCUAACAAUACAAAGUCAAAAGUAUAUUAAAUAAUACUUAAAUUCAAUUAUUUAAAGAUAUGUAUCCAAAUAUGUAAAGAGACGUUUUCUUUUACGUGCGUAUAAGGAAAAUGAGAAAUUGCAACCAAAAAGUUGUGUAUAGUAUAGAAAAAGAUGUACUUUUGUAAAACGAGACUCGCGUAAGAUAAGUGCUAAAAUCUGUAAUUCAUUUAUUGUUGAAUACGUGAUUUGAAAUAGAAAGGGGAAAGGUUGUUAGGAUUAAAAUAAAACGGCUAAGCGGGAAUGCUAACUUGGUUGAAAGGGCUGGACAACACGAACAAGCUUGAUGGUGAGAAAGGCAUAAUAUCUACUUAAAUUCCAUGUAAGAAAUUGUGCCAUUGCUGUUGCCUGCGUACGCGGCUUCGUUAAUACUUCUAUAUCAAUUGAGUGAAUUGAUGGAUAUCAUUUCGGGAAUUGAAACAUCCAUACAAUGCACAAAGGCACACACUUUCAAGCCCACCAACGCAUAUACUCCAUUCAUCCUUACACACACACACACUACGCAUCUGCAUUUAUGGGCUAGAUGAUUUUAUGCGUUGAACAAUUUGGGCAACAGUUACAGCAAGCGUAGCAGCAGAACCGAAAGCAAUAUUUAUUAAUAAUACUUUAAAAAAGAAAUUACAACAAUAAUUAAAGAAUAAUAGUA